AUGGUAGCCUUGUUCCAUGACAUGAUGCACAGGGAAAUCGAGGUUUACGUUGAUGAUAUGAUCGCGAAAUCUAGAACGGAGGGCGAACAUGUGCGGAAAUAUAAUCCUGGUACUUGGGAUGAGGAAUACGAAGAAGCUUUUAACAAGGUGAAGCAGUAUUUGUCCAAUACUCCAGUGCUGUCACCACCUAACCCGGAUAGGCCUCUGAUAUUGUAUCUAACGAUUAAGGCAGUACAUGUUAUACCAUACGACUUGGCUGAUCUCAAAGUUAAACCCGUUAAAGUAUAUGAUGAAGUCAACUGCUUUGAAUGGGAGAAUGGCGGAUGGCGAUCUUCUUCGUCUGAAUUUGAUAUUGUCUAUGUGAGCCAAAAGGCUGUGAAAGGGAGUGCAAUUGCUGACUUUCUAGCUAGUAGAGCUCUAGAGGACUACGAGCCGUUGAGUUUUGAUUUCCCAAAUGAGGACCUGAUGUGUGUAGCAGUUACUGAAGAAAGUCCCCAAGAAGGUCACAGUUGGAAGCUAAACUUUGAUGGAGCCUCGAACGCUGUAGCCAAUGGAAUUGGGGCAGUCCUGGUGUCCCCAAAUGAAUAUGAAGCAUGCGUCAUGGGUAUUCGUGCAGCUAUAGAGCGAGGAAUCAAAGUGCUAGAGGUCUAUGGAGAUUCAGCAUUGGUGAUAUAUCAGCUCAGGGGUGAAUGGGAAACGAGAGAUCUCAAAUUAAUCAGUUAUCGAAAGUUGGUCCUCGAAUUGAUUAAGGAGUUUGAGGACAUCACUUUUUGCUAUCUCCCACGAGAUGAGAACCAGAUGGCUGAUACACUAGCUAUCUUAGCUUCCAUGAUCAAACUGAACAGACAUGGGGAUAUGAAACCAAUCCAAAUGAGUAUCUAUGAAGACCCGGCUCAUUGUUACAAUAUUGAAGAAGGGGAAAUCGAUGAUAGUCCUUGGUAUCAAGAUAUACUACGAUGGGGAGAUCUUGUACAAGAGGGGAAAAGAUCAGGUACUGCUAAGAUGUGUGGACGCCGUAGAAGCAAAGAAAAUUCUAGAAGAAGUCCAUGA